GUUUGUAGUUAUUUUAUUCAGUUUUGUUUCAGCUCUAUCGCAACAACGAUUUGAAAAGCAAAAUAAUGGUCUCUAAUAGAAAACUGAUUUUCUUGGUAAUGUUAAUCAUUAUUUCCACGGUUUUGGUAAAAUGCCAGAAUAAUGGAGAAAAUAAGAGGGGAAGUGGUAUACGAAAAGCAACAAAUCUAUCUCUGACAGAUGACUUAGUAAACAAUCUGAUCAAUUUCCUGAUGGAUCUGAUGGGUUAUGCUAGCAUGGCAAUGGACUUUGUUGGACAAUUGCCAGUUGUUGGCAGAAGACGCAGAAACAUCGAUGAACCCCAAUCCGUAGCAGCUAGUAACUAAAAUCAAAUUAAUAAAUACCAC